GAACAAGCCUAGCAACGAACCACUGUUGUCAGCCUGCAGGGAAAACAACGUAAUCAUCGCAGGAAACUGGGGAAAGAGAAAAAAAGAAGAAGGAGGAAGAUAAAGCGGAAAUCCACCCCGUCACACAAGUGUACUUCUCACACUUCUUUGAGCCAGGGAGACCCGCACACGUCGACCGUCCUGCAGAUGCCGCUUUCCCGUUACAAGACCUUGAAUUUUCCGGAAGAGUAGCCCGAAGGCUUGUAUUGGACGUCCCUGGGUCGUCCCCUGCUGGCGCCCCGGUCUCCCUCUGUGCGGAGCUUUGCUGCACCCUCUCGCAGCCUUCCCGUGAGAAUCAGUCGCUCAAAGGGCUGCGGACCUCGCUUUCCUUGCAAUGCUUGGGUUCCCGCUGUCCGCUCUGAAUUCGAGGCUCUUCGUGCUUCUUUCAGUGCUUUCCGAAAUACACGGCGAUUGUGGAGCUCCGCCAACAUUGAAAAAUGCUGUUCCCUUGGAUAAAGAUUAUAAAGACAGCUAUCUUCCUGGCCAUUCAGUAACCUAUACCUGUUUGAGUGGUUUUUACAAUAUCCAAGGAAAGCUAGAUGUUAUAACAUGCCUACGAGAUUCUCAGUGGUCACCCCUGGAAGAUUUUUGUGAACCCAGCUGUGUUAAACCACCAAGGUUUAAAUUUGCCAGAAUAGAACCGGGAUUUGCUAAGGCCUACUAUGCAGCUAAAUCCAAAGUGAACUAUGUCUGCCGUCCAGGUUAUGAAAGAAUCCUUGGAACUACCCCUGUUGUAACUUGUCGUGAGAAUUAUACCUGGACAGAAAUCCCAGAUUUUUGUAAAGGAAAAUCCUGUGGUCAUCCAGGAAAACCAGAAAAUGGCGAAGCUGUAAUUCUAACUGAUUUCCUGUAUUUGGCAAAAGUACAUUUCACCUGUGAAGAUGGGUACAGAUUGAUGGGAUACCCGUCUAUCCAGUGCGCCCUGAAUGAAACUGAAGUCGAAUGGCAACCAAAGCCUCCCAAAUGUCAACAGAUCACCUGCUCACCUCCUCCUAAUAUUUCUCAUUCAUCACAUGAUGGUGAAAGUAUAAGAAUCUUUGCUUACAACUCAACAGUAACUUAUAAGUGUGAUCAUGGCUUUUCACUUAUGGGGGAUGCUUCUAUACGUUGUGCAACAGAAGAUAAAAUAAGUGGAGUCUGGGAAGGUUCUAAGCCUGAAUGUAAAGUAUUGUUCAGGAAGGAUCAGUUUAUGCUACAAACAAUAUCCAAUUUCAAAAUGACUUCAUCAUUUGAUUUGUAAUGUAGCCACUACUAUGCUAACCACUACGAUACUUAACUCAUCCAUACCUCUUGCUAUAGGACUACUGAAGAAAGAUCGUAAUUCCUCAGGUGAGUUGAGGAAAAAUUUUGCUCUUGUCCUCUGUAGGGAUAGCAAUGAAGCACGCACAUUUUAUAAAUAAAUGGAUCAUCUUACUGUAAGUGUCUAUGAUACAGAUAUUUCUUACUUCAAAUAGACUGUAACGGUAAAAAGAUAAGUCAAAUGAUAGUUUUGAUCUAGAGAUAGGCAGGACAAGAUUAGUGUGCUUAUUCAUGCUUUUGCCUUUUUGGUGCUAAGAUGUUAAGAUAUGAAAGUGGCAAUACCCUUCCAAACAUCAAGGGACUACACCAGGGGGUCAGCAUGGUUGGGCAACUGCAGAGGGCCCACAUGUCAGCAGGGUCCCACUGAUGAGAACUCCGGGAUCUGCUCCUUCUCUUCACCAGUAGAUCAGUAACAGUAUUUGUCAUGGCCUAGGUUCUCUUUGGUGCUCUUCCUGACAAGAAAGCCGCUUGUAGCAAAGAUGAGGAAAAGGAGAAGCAGCAGCAGGCAACAGUGUUGGUGACAAGGUGGAUUAACUGAAGGUGAAGAACCCAUGUCAGUGUGCUGUUCAAGGUCCCUCUAAAACAGGGGUCUCAAACUCAACUUACCCUGGGGGCUGCUGGAAGUAGAGUCUGGGUGAGGCUGGGCCGCAUCAAGUAGUCCACCACCGCA